AUGGUUGUGAUUGUGCCAGGCAGGGCUCGGCCUCUCGCCUCCCCACUCCUAGGUUUGCCCCCUACUUCUCCCCCGCCCCUCUGCACACUUCCCCCUGCCCCAGGCCCGCCACACCUGGGAAGAACUGCCAUCCCGGCUAGGAGAGUCAGCGGCGGCGUCAGCGGCGGCCGGGGCGGUGGGAGAGGAGCGCCGGAAAAAGAUCGCGCCGGCGGAGCGGCCUCAGCCAGCGGCUUCCUGCGGCGGGCCAGCCCCGGCAGCCUCCUGCCCGGGCUCCAGAAAUUGACAUCUUCCAAUAACAGACCUCGAGAGGACAGCUGGUUAAAAUCCUUGUUUGUCCGAAAAGUUGACCCAAGGAAAGAUGCUCACUCUAAUCUCCUAGCCAAAAAGGAAACCAGCAGUCUGUACAAAUUACAGUUUCACAAUGUUAAACCGUAAUGCCUAGAAGCAUACAACAAAAUUUGUCAAGAGGUGUUGCCAAAGAUUCAUGAAGAUAAACAUUACCCUUGUACUUUGGUGGGGACUUGGAACACGUGGUAUGGCGAGCAGGAUCAAGCUGUUCACCUUUGGAGAUAUGAAGGAGGCUCUCCAGCCCUCACAGAGGUGAUGAGUAAACUCAAAGAAAAUCAGGAAUUUUCAGAAUUCCGUAAGGCAAGAAGCAACAUGCUUCUCUCGAGAAAGAAUCAGCUGCUGUUGGAGUUCAGUUUCUGGAAUGAACCCAUCCCACGGUCAGGACCGAACAUAUACGAACUCAGAUCCUACCGGCUCCGACCAGGAACUAUGAUUGAAUGGGGCAAUUACUGGGCUCGUGUCAUUCGCUUCAGACAGGUUGGUAAUGAAGCAGUUGGAGGGUUCUUCUCCCAGAUUGGGCAGCUCUAUAUGGUGCACCAUCUUUGGGCUUACAAGGAUCUUCAGACCAGGGAAGAUAUACGGAAUGCAGCAUGGCAUAAACAUGGCUGGGAAGAACUAGUAUAUUAUACAGUCCCACUUAUUCAGGAAAUGGAAUCCAGAAUCAUGAUCCCACAGAAGACCUCGCCCCUCCAGUGAAGCAACGGACUGGAGAUGUGCCUACAGAAGUUUAGGUGACAUGUGCUUGUCAUCAAUCAACUUGAACUGUGUUACAGUGAGAGAGAAACACUGAAGUGUCAACUGCUGUAUACAGCUUGUAAAAGACCUCUUUUCUUUAAAAUUUACAUAAUCACAGGACAGGAAACUGUUACAGUUCGGCUGAUUGUAAAAGUGCGCUGUAGUCCUCUGAAAUAUCCCUAGGUUUGUCGAAUGUACCGUAUAAUAUUAACACCAAGACACCUCUCCCCACCCCCCCAGAAAAAGACAGCCCAGUUGAAAAUUGGAGUCAUCUCCAAGUAAGAAUCUAACCAUGGGAAAAAAAA